CCGCUAAAUCUAUUUGUUGUCGCGCGUUGUUCUUUUUCUUUGUAGUCAGCUCAUCCAACAACAAAUCAACAACAGCAUGUCCACAGCGCCAUCUCCUUCAAAGCGCGAACGGGACGACGACGGAGUCGCUUCCUCGGAGGAGGACUAUUUCACACCAGACUCUUCUGCUUCGCCAGGACCUUCAAAAAAACCAAAGUCACCGACAUCUUUAAAUGAGUCCGGCGACCACGAAUCUAUUGCAACACCUUCAGCAACCAAAGCACCGCCUGCCGAAGCUAGCGAAUGUGCUAGUCAGAGUGAGCAACUGGAAUGGAUUUUCAAAAACUUGAGACUUCGUCGUAUUGUCAAGGAAAACCAUUCAAGUGAAAUCAACCAGCUAGCGUUCUGUCUAAACCAGAAGCACAACAAGACGCCUUUCGGACUGGAUCAUGUUAAGGUGUAUGAGAAGCGAGGAGCUGUCAAAAGAGAUCCUAUGGAUAAUAGCAAUGUCCUGGGAACAACCGGAGGACCACAGGCCAAUAUCUAUGACAAUGAGCAUUGUGGAGACCAUUUGGACAUUAUGUCGCACUUUUUGUUAGACCCUAUUGGCGAGGAGGGUGACGAGGAGCUUCCUGAAAUGCUGACAUGCUGCUGGAUACACCAGCCUCAAGAUGCUAUUCUUGUAACAGCAGGGACGGACAAAAUUAUUCAUGUACUGAGCCUGGCUCGAUCCAAGGAACUAAUGCGGCUAUCAGGACACAAUCAUACGGUCACGGAUAUUCAGGCUCAUCCUGCCAAAGACGAAUACUUGCUGUCGGCAUCAAAAGAUGGAACUGUGCGCAUGUGGAACACCCUCACAGGGAUAUGCCUAGUCAUAUUUGAAUAUAAAGCGUCGGUCGUGUGCUUUAAUCCUGGUACAGAGGGCAACACGUUUGUAACAGGAGGCUACAACGGGGAAAUUCGCGAGUGGACUGUGCCUGCCUUUGAGUCUGAGCCGGAAGAACCUAUUGUUGUACCAUUGGAUAAUAGUCGAGUGCUUCAGUCGGAUCUUCACUCUACAAGGAUAGACUGUAUUCGCUUUGCUAAGGGCAAGGCUUUAUCAAAAUCUGUCAAUGGAAAGGUUGAACAUUGGGAUCCAGAGACACUGCAGCGAAUCCGGACAUUCAAUAUUAAGAACACUGCUAGCAAUCAAUGCAGAUUCGAUGUCAGCUUGGAUGAGCUUUUUUUCUGCGUCGGCACAAGCAAUGGUUCCGUUUAUGUUUAUAACAUUGACACUGGACGUACAGUGACAGAACUGAAACACCGCCGAUCAACAAAGGCGAUUCGCACAUGCAUUUUCUCGAGGGAUUGCAGAACUGUGGUUUGUGCAGGAGAGGACUCAUUCAUCUGGCGCUAUGACUAUGUGACGGACGAAAUCCUGAGUGAAUGGGCUGCAUGGAGACCCGAACUAUAGGCUACCUAUUUAAUGUAUGACAUCAACAACCAAUAAAAUGCGUGGACUAGACGCCCACUCCAAC